AUGAUGUUAUCCACUCCAAAAAUUGAAACGAGAAAGUCGGAUGAAGGUGAAGAAUGUGGAAUUACCAUUGAGCAGAUAACGUUCUGGUUUUCUGAUGUGAUGCAUGUAACUGAGAACGAAGAAGUGGCAAUGUUGAAUGCUCAACGAGAAAAAGCUGGAAAGGAGGAAGGCGAUGGGAAGAAUGAGACAGAUCGUACUUCAGAAAGUUGGGAUGAUGUUGAUAUGGAAAUGGAGAAAGAGAAAGAAAGUUGGGAGAAAAGGAGAAGUAAAGAGAGGAAAAUGAAGAAGGAUAGUCUUCAAAAGGCAGAAACUGCAGACGGUGAAUUGAGGAAAAAGGCGAAAAGGGCAAUAAGAGGAACUCAAUUGGAAACGAUUGCACUUUUCAUUCUGAGACAGAUUAACUUGGUUCCUGAACAUGUUGAAUCUCGUCCAUUGUUUUCGGAUAAAGGCGGAAAAGCUAAGAACGGAGAGCUCCGAAUGUUUAAAGAAUAUGGAUCAAUUCCUGCUCCUUUCAAUGUCGCUCCUCGAAAGCCCGUAAGUUAUCAGCUUCGAGUGGCAGUUAUGGAUGUACGUGGGGCGAUUCCAGUUAAGAGAAGUUUUGCUGAACCAGUUUCUGAUCUUUAUGUGAAAGCAUUUAUCAAUGGAAUGCCGAAAGGACACAAAACGGAUACGCAUUUCAGAGUCCUUGAUGGGACUGGCGAAUUCAAUUGGCGUUUCUUGCUCAACUUCGACUAUAAUCCAUGGGAAAAGAAAGUUGUCGCAUACACAAAAACUCGAUAUUUCCGAAAACCUGUUGAAGAGCUUGUUGAUCCGAUUCUAGUUGUGGAACUGUGGGAUAAAAAUAAAUUCCGUAAAGAUCGACUUCUCGGAGAUAUUGAGCUUGAUCUGCUAGCUUUCAUAGAGGGAAUUGGUUCUCCGUCGGAUGUUGGUGUGUAUUCAAAAAAGAGUAGAAAGCGUGAUGUGAAUUGUCCAAAGUGCUGUACUAGUCGUGGCUGUCUCUGUCGGUGCUGCAUCUUCUGUUACGAGACAAAAUGUCUUUGUGGAAGAAGAAAAAUAAAGAAAAAGCCGUUCCCAAAGCCUGUGUUGUUUGUGGAACCGGAAGGUUAUGACGAAACUGUCAACAUUUUCGAAGCUCGUAAUUUAUACGGGUGGUGGCCAAUGCUGACUGAUGAGUACCCACAUGAUGAACCACAGAACGCAAAAAAGAAAAAUGACGAUGUUGGUAAAGAUCCAAAGUGGAUCAUGGGUCUCAUUGAGAUGGACAUGAUGUUACUGACCAAACAAGAAUCCGACCAGGAACCCGCUGGAAAGAAACGGUCUGAACCAAACCAUAGUCCAUUCCUAGAGAAGCCGAACCGGAAAACUUGGGCUAACUCGUGGUUGGUCUCACGAAUCAAACCAUGUAUCAAAUACUUCUGGCACUAUUACGGCCUUCAAAUUCUACUAUGGAUACUCAUCAUCGCUCUUUUGGCUCUGACCAUCUUUGCACUGAUUCAGACUUGGCCAAUAAUUCUAAUAGAGAUAUUCAAAGGAAUAUUCUAA